AUGGAGUUGGGGGCGGGCGGCGCGGCUGGGCCCGGGCAGCGGGGCGGGGCGGUGCCGGACCGCCAGCUCCUCCUGCUGCUGGGCGGUGGCGGGGCGGGCUGGGCGUGGCCCGUGGCGGGGGGCGGCGGGGACGGGGGGAGGGGAACGGACACCGAGGCCGGCCCGGAGCCGGACUACGAGGCCCUCCCGCGCGGCUCCGCCGCCUCCACCCACAUGCUGGCAGGGGCUGUGGCUGGGGUGCUGGAGCACAGCCUCAUGUACCCGGUGGACUGUGUCAAGACAAGGAUGCAGAGCCUGCAACCAGAACCUGCUGCUCGCUACCGGAAUGUGCUGGAGGCUCUGUGGCGAAUUGUGCGGACUGAAGGGAUCUGGCGACCCAUGCGUGGAUUGAACAUCACAGCCACAGGAGCUGGCCCUGCCCAUGCCUUGUAUUUCGCCUGCUACGAAAAGUUGAAAAAGACACUUACCGACAUUGUCCAUGCUGGGGGCAAUAGUCACGUGGCCAACGGCGCAGCAGGCUGUGUGGCAACAUUGCUUCAUGAUGCAGCCAUGAACCCAGCAGAAGUGGUAAAGCAGAGGAUGCAGAUGUACAACUCUCCAUACCAGCGAGUAACAGACUGUGUGCGAGCUGUGUGGUGCAACGAAGGGGCAGGAGCUUUCUACCGAAGCUACACCACUCAGCUGACCAUGAACAUCCCCUUCCAGGCUAUCCACUUCAUGGCCUAUGAAUCCCUACAGGAACACCUCAACCCUCAUAGACAAUACAACCCUAGCUCCCAUAUGAUGGCAGGUGCCUGUGCAGGGGCCAUUGCUGCUGCUGUCACCACACCCUUGGAUGUUUGCAAGACACUGCUGAAUACCCAGGAGGCCCUGGCACUGAAUACCAACAUCAGUGGGCACAUUACAGGCAUGGCUCACGCAUUCAGGACGGUGUACCGCGUGGGUGGGCUGACUGCCUAUUUCCGUGGGGUGCAGGCCCGUGUCAUUUACCAGAUGCCCUCCACAGCCAUUGCCUGGUCCGUGUAUGAGUUCUUCAAAUACAUCCUCACAAAGCGAAAGGAGGAACGGUUGGCGAGGAAGUGAAAUGUUGACACCUCCCCUUGGAUUGGCAGGUGUCAGACUCAGACGACAAGCAAGCCUUUGGAAUAAUGAUGCCGCCUCUUGCCUGCUGCUGC